UGGAAGGCAGUGUUUAUGUUUUUAGCAGAACACAAAUCUUCUGUUCUCUUUCUUUCCCAGCUGCCUGCAGGGAGCCUGCAGCUCACUCUCUACCAGUAUAAAACAUGUCCUUUCUGCAGCAAAGUCCGAGCUUUUCUUGAUUAUCAUGGACUGCCCUAUGAAAUUGUGGAAGUGAACCCAAUCAUGAGGAAAGAGAUCAAAUUCUCUUCCUACAGAAAGGUGCCCAUCCUGCUAGCCAACGCUGGGAGCCCGCUGCAAUUGAACGACUCCUCAGUGAUAAUCAGUGCAAUAAAGACCUAUCUUAUUUCCAGGAGGAAUAGCUUAGAAGAAAUUGUGUCCUUUUAUCCACCUAUUAAAACGGUGACUGACCAAGGCAAGGAGGUGCUUGAGUAUGAGAAUAAAUACUGGCUCAUGCUGGAUGAGAAGGAGACAAAGAGAGUCUAUCCUGUCAAAGAAGUGAGAGUGGAAGAAAUGAAGUGGAGAAAAUGGGCAGAUGAUUGGCUUGUUCACCUCAUCUCCCCCAAUGUUUACCGCACCCCCAAAGAAGCCUUGGCAUCUUUUGAUUACAUUGUCCGUGAGGGGAAGUUUGGCACCUUGGAAGGUCUCUUUGCCAAAUACGUGGGGGCUGUUGCCAUGUUCUUUGUUAGCAAGAGGCUGAAGAAAAGACAUCAGCUUCGAGAUGAUGUCCGAGAAGAUUUGUAUGAAGCAGUUAAUGAGUGGGUAAAAGCUGUUGGCAAAAAUCGACUGUUCAUGGGUGGGAAACAGCCAAACCUCGCUGACCUGGCAGUGUACGGGGUACUCCGGGUCAUGGAAGGGCUGGAAGCCUUUGAUGACAUGAUGGCUCACACCAAUAUUCAACCUUGGUACCAGCGCAUGGAAGAAGUCAUUCAAAAAACUGGAGUUGCAAUCUGAUGCCAGCUGCAGCUGCCUCCUGAAGUACUUGCAUGGUGAAAACUUCAGAAGAAAUGGCUUUUAUUUUUAGAGUUGACUGGUCACACCUAAUGGACUGAUGUGGGCACAGAGACCACCCCGUUCAGAAUAUCAAGUUGCUGUGAGAUAAGGGUCCAGCUAGGUGUUUGUAGAAGGAUGGGGACAGGUAAAAGAAAGGGAUCUAGGAUGCUGCUGGAAAGGAGAUGCUCUGAACUGAAGACUGAAGCAAAAAGGCUUCUUUGAGACAAGAGACAUCCUCGGAGCAGGUUACUGUAAAAGCAAGAUGCUCUUGGCUGGUGUUAUGGCUCUGUCAGAUGGGGUAGGCCUGACCAGCUUUUGCCUCAGGCUGUCUUCGGCUACUCAUCCAUGUCACCUGAAGUGUUUUCCUGACUGAGACACUGGAUACUGGUUUUUAAAUGACAAUAUUUCCUGCAAUAGAUCUUGUAAACCUAGUGCUAAGGGAACUGGAGGAAUCUGCAGUGCUGGAGAAGGCACUCUUCCUCUGACAGCAGCAAGGCUGCGCUCAGCAGGGCAUCUGCUUUCAUUCUUCCAUGUAAACGGUUCUCUCAGGACUUGAUUCUGUACGGUCUGCAAGGAUAAAGGCUGGCUUUAUUCUGUC